AUGGCCGGUGUUGCAAAAUUAUUUGAUGGAAAUAUUGUUAAUAAAUCGAAUGAAGAAGUUGAUCUUAAUGAUGAGAAAUAUAAGGGUAAAGUAAUUGGUCUUUAUUUCAGUGCCCAUUGGUGUCCACCAUGUCGUGGUUUUACUCCAAUGCUUAUUGAAUUUUAUAAAAAUUAUAAUAAAGAAAAAAAUUUCGAAAUAAUAUUUAUUAGUUCGGAUCGUGAUGAAAGAACAUUUAAUGAAUAUUAUAAAGAUAUGCCUUGGUUAACAUUGCGUUAUAGUGAACGAAAGAAAAAAGAAGAAAUAGGAAAAAAAUAUCAUAUAACUGGUAUUCCAAUAUUAACGUUACUUGAUGGAGAUUCAGGAGAUAUUCUUUGUAAAGAUGCAAGAGAUAAAAUUCAACAUAGAGAUAUACGUGGUGAUUUUUUUCCAUGGAAACCAUCAUGA